UCAUGUUUGACAAUAAGUGAAGAAGAUAGAUUAUAUAUAAACUAUUUUAAAUAGAAUCAAAAUAAGAAUGUAUCUAUUAUAAACAAUAAUUAAAUAUUAAUAUAAUAAGUACAUUGCGCGUCAAGUGUCUCAUUGGAUCAUCAUAGAUUUUUAGUCGUAGAUUGGACUACUUCAGCAAGAUAACAUAUUAUUGUGAAGAUGGCUAGCAGUACCACGCCAGAAAAUAACAGCUUUCUCGAGAAAGUAAAGGAUUUCCCACCAAUUAUUGAUGGCAAAAUUAAUGCAGUAAAAUUUAUUGAAUCAACUCUGGGCUUGUUAUGGGUUGUUGAGAGCCUUGGUAAAAUUUUUGCUCCAGUUAAAUAUGACAUGGAAGGAAAUAUUGAUAAAAUCAAGAAGUUGGACCCAAAAGAAAACUCCUGUUUACUAGAAUUAUUACAUAGAGAAUGUUUACAAUCUCAGGGCAAACCCGUAGCAACUGAGGGAUUAUUAUGGCUUAACAGAUCACUAUGUUUCUUUGAAAUUGUGUUUGAAGAAAUGAUAAACUUGAUGGAGGAAAACAAUUUGGAUAUAAAUAUGAGGAAGAUAUAUACCAUUGCAUAUGAGGGGUCUGUUAAGAGAUAUCACAACUGGGUUACUCAACAAAUAUUUGCACUCAUUUGCCGGUUGGCCCCUACACUUCAUCAACUGUUGAAAUCAUUUGGAGUCGACACCAACAACGUAGCUUCAUUUAAAACCAGGCUCACAAGUUUUAACAUAACAUUACAUUUAGUGAGGUGUAAAAUUGAUGAUUUUUACAAAGAUAAUAAUUUAUUUUGUUAAUAAUAAUACUUAAAGCUAGUAUUUUAAUAAGGCGCCAUAUUUAUUAUCCGAUUAGCAGUAGCAUUUGUAUAUACCAUUAAGUAAAUUUGAAAUUAAGAAUAGUGCAGUCAGUAAUAGUUAAUAAAAGCAGAGGCUAAACUGUUUUUAAACAUGCCUAUGUUUAGCAUGUGAUUUAUUUAUAGAAGUUGCUAUUUCAUUGUCUUCAUUUUAUGUAGUUGCAGCUGAGAUACUAUGCUAACUAUGCCAAAAUAUUGCUAUACCAAAAUAGUAACAAAAACAAAAUAAGGAAUUCAGUGCCUUGAUGAGUAUGGUCAUUCAUAGUUUCCAUUACCAAAAAAUUAAAAGUAGAACGAAUGAUUACUUAGUUGUGAUACCUAUUACCUAUAUCAUUAACAUCACAAGGAUCUUGACUUGAAACCUCAUAUUACUUUAAAAAAAUUGUUUUUUAAUGAUUAAGGUUCGGUCUAUUACUUUUUUUUAAGUAUAAAGGAGACAUAAUUGACAUAUUAUUAAUAUGUUAAUUACUCUAAAAACAUAAUUAUGGCAUAGAUGUUUUUGUGUGGGCUAAUAUAAAAAUUUCCUAUAUAGGCAGUUUAUAAAAAUACUUAAGACCAGUAGUCUCCAACCUUUAUGAUGGUUUCCUUUUUGUGGGCAGUAUUGAGAUUGUAUGGUAUUUGGCACUUUUCACAUGCCAAGUUGGCAGGCUGUAGACCUGGCCCACAUUUCGAGACUGCUGCUUUAGACCACUGUUAGCCUUAUAAAUCUUAUAAUGUAUAAUUAGUAAGGUCAAACUAAAAAAAAAAUGUACCUACCCUAGAAAAUUAUGUGUGAAGUUAAGUGUUUAGAGAUUAUUACUCAUUACUAAAUCAAAAUUUGAAUGACAUAUGUAAUGGGUCAUGGACUCAAACACAAAAUUAAAAUUGUACUUAUGUAAGAAAAUAACAGCAGAAUACUUAGCAUAACUGUUAUAUUGCUUUACUCUUUAAAAUGUUGAUUUAAUAAAAGUGCAUAAAAUGUUAAUAUGGUGUGCUAUAAAAAUCUGUAAGUAAAGGACUUUUACAAAAAAGUCAUGAGUGUUUUUCAAUCUCAUAUUUUUCUUAGUACAAGACUUAAUAAUAAAGUCACUGUAGUGGUGUGGUCAUAGCAACCUAACAGUAUUAAGCAUAAUUCUGGCCAUGUUUGGGGUCAAAAGGGUCCUAUAAAAUAUGGCUCAGUGUAUCAUUGUUCUGUAAUUUAAAGCAAAUGCAGACCUACAUAGAAAUUCUUUAUUGUUUACAAAAUAAUACUUAGCCUAAGGUACCCUCUCAUAUUAGAGACUGUGUUGAAAUUUUACAAAAAUUGUGGAACUAUAAAUGCAUAUUGAGUAUCUAGAUUAAAAAUUCGAACCCAUUUGAUUGUGAUGCACAAGGCAUUACAUGAGCUUAGGUUAAACUACCUAAAUGUAAAAUUUCUGAUAGGUAUGGAACUAUUUUAACAUUUCUAAAUUUAAGGGUGCAUUGCUGAUUUAAAUAAAUGUACCUAUAAGUAUGUCUAUAUUAAAUUAAAUUGAGGAAAUUAACACAAGCAGUAUGAGAAUUUUGUAAUGUGCCCUCAGUCUAUUUGGCGUAAACUACCAAAAUGUUGCCCCACUUUAAAUAAUUUCGUUUGCCCCUGUUCUUGUAGGAAACUUGUUGAUGAUGCUGCCUUUAAAUACGAUUGAAGGGCCCAAUCAUUGGAAGGAGCCAUCAUUAAUAUAGAGGAAAUGCUACAAAAACCUUUUUUGCAAGCUGUGAGUGUGCUGUGUACGAUGAUCUUGUUUAAGAAUAAAUUAUUUAUUUUUAA